AUAGAACAAGAUACGCACCACUAGAAAUGUCUUACUUUUUCAUAAUAAUUUUGUUUUGACUUAUAUGAACACAGAUUUGAUUUGUAGAUCCUUGAUUUGUAACCAAAUUUCUUUUUCAAUUCGUAGCCGUUUGUGUUCAGCAAACAACAUUAAAUAUAAUAAUAAUAGUCGAAGUCGGAAAGUAUUUUCAUAAAAGUAAGCUUGAAUGCUACGAGUUAUAUAGAUAUGAAAAGUAUACAAAGGUCAGUUUUAGUGAAAAGAUUUUUGUUAUGAGAAACUACCAACGUUUGUAGUAAAACAUCGAUGAUACAAUCAGUAUAGAAUACUAUGGAUUUUAGUUCUCAUAAUCCGAGCACAUCAAACUCUUUAAAUAUAGCCGCCAGAAAGGACGAUGUUAAAAUACUUCAAAGGCUUUUGAAAAAAAUUAACCCAAAUUGCGUUGACAAUAGAGGAUGGACCUGCCUCCACGAAGCUGCGUACAAUGACUCUUAUGACUGUCUUUUGGCUAUUUUGAACCACCCUGCUUGCCGGCCGCUAGUGCAAACUUACGAAGGUCACACUGCACUUUAUUUGGCUGUUCGAAAUAGAUGCAGUAUAAGAACUAUUAAACUAUUAUUAGACCAUGUUAAGGACAUAGCUAACUAUGGCAGUACUGAAGGUGUGACGCCCCUGCAUGUUGUUAGUGGACAAGGCAGGAUUGAUGUAAUGCAACUAUUAAUUGAUUAUGGAGCUAUGAUUGAUGUACAAGAUUUUGAUGGAGACACCCCUUUACACGACGCAGUUUUAGAAAUGCAACCAGCAGCGGUAGCUUGUUUAUUACAUGCAGGUGCCAACCCUGAGAUACAAAAUGAUCCUGGAUGCUACACACCUUUCCACUUAGCAUGUUACAGAGGCUGCUUAGAGACGGUUCAAAUAAUAUAUCCAUUUGUAACAGACAUCAAUCAAGUGACUAAAUCUGGAUACAGUGCAUUAAUGCUGGCUUUAGGCGGAGUUACAGAGAAGAUAAUAGACUUCUUAUUAGAGAAUGGCGCUGAUCCACAUUUGAAGAACUGUGAUGAUGAGAUGGCACUUGACUUAGCUCUAAAUAAUGGAUACGACCUUCUCUUUGAAAAGAUAUUUCGAGUUACUGAUAAAAAGAAAAUAAAUAGAAACAUUAUAUUGAGAGCUUGCAAGCCUCAUUAUUUUAAAACAAGGAUAUUGGAAAUUUUAUUAAAUGGUGACUUGGGCCCAGAGUUUUUUGAUAUUAAUGAGUCAUUUUAUGUCCUGCUAGAGCAGAUUGGUGACUUAUGCCCAACUUACCAAGUCAAUGCUCCUCUCAACUGGUUCCUAAAUAUUUGCUCAUACAUAUAUGACACAUCCCCUGACAAGUUUAGAGAGUUUUUCUAUUUAUUCCUGAUGCAUGGGAUGGGAGUCAAUGCUGCUAAUGUAAACGAGUGUCCUCCUAUUGUGUACAUACAUUAUUGUAUACAUAGUACCUGCUUUAUGGAGACAUUCAAAAUACUCAUAGAACAUGGUUGUAAUGUUGAUUACUGCACAUCAUCUAAAUGUGUGGAUAAGAACAAGUGUGUUCCUGAUGCCUUUCUAGCAUCUCUUACCUCGGACACUACAACUAUACCAGUCAUGCUGCCAUACAGUUUGCAUUGUGAUCCAGGAACAAUUUUACAAUUUGCAAAUGAUAACGGGAUUCUGGGUAGAAUACCUCAAACAGUACAAAGUCAAUUAAUUGCAAUGAUAGAUAAAAAUGCAAAUGUGAAAGCCGAAUACCUUAGAUUUUAUGUGCCAAGUUUGAAGCAUUUGUCAAGAUUUGAAAUCAGGAGAACACUUAGAACCAGAAAAGGUGGCGUGAAAUCCACUACUGAGUUUCUGAACAUUAUAGACAGUUUGCCAGUACCUCAGAUUAUAAGAUAUUAUUUACGUUAUAUGUAAUUUAGUGACAGGCCAUACCCAAACAAUAAAAGACUAAAUGAUCUCCAAUGUGUUCUCUAUGUCACGCUGUUGUAAAAUGUAAUGUGGUAAUUAUGUGUACUAAUUCCAGAUUUUAUAAUGAAUUAAUACAUAAAAAAACUAGAUGUAGAUUAUGUGAAGGCCUGAACAAUACUCCAAGAAACAAAAUACAGUCAGUCACCAAUCACUUUGAGGUCUUAAAACUGAUAAUUAUAUUUUUUAAUUCUACUGCCUUACAUUAAUGACUAUCACAUGAUAUGCCUAUUGUAAGCUCAGCAGCACCAAAUAUGAAAUAUGUAAUAAAUCCACUAACUCACUUGCAAAGCAUAUUGUUUUUUUUACAGAUUUUGUUAGAUAUAUUGAUAUACUAUGUCAUGUCUAAAAUAUUAAUUUGCAUGUAUGUUAUAUUAGGAGUGAGACUCUUAAUUUUGUGAUAUUUCCUGUACAACUUAACGUUAUGUUGGCAGUGUUUCUAAAAUACAUUUUUGUUAUAAUUUGUUAUUUUUCUGUUAUUAUCUAAGACAGUAAGGCUGUUGGCUAAUUGGUCCAGAAGUUUUCAGCAUGAGGCCGGUCCGCGUAUAUUUUUUAUAAUACUUGUGAAGGACGGGAAGACGGGUUCGGGGCAAAUCUAGGUCAAAUUCUUGCCAGAAUAGUUUAAAAAAAACAUCCAUUCUUUAUGUAAUCUCUUUUGUUAGUAAUGCUAAUUACAGACCUAAGUUACGUUUUUACUUUUUUAUGUGGUGCUAUAGAUAAUAAAAUAUUCACAAUCAAGUCCCUCCCCCUUCCUAACUAAGUCUAUCAAAAGUUAUGGCGUCAGCUGUAUUCAAUAAUACAAUACCAAUAAAAUUUUUGAAAGUAGUUUGGCAAAUAUUUUGCCCAUGCUCGCAAAGAGGUUAAAUUACUUUUUGUCUACUGAAUGCACAUUCGCAUCAGCACCGUUGUAUAAUGGAAAGCGUCCUAAAAAUCAUCUAAUGAUAUAGUGUAAUUAUAAUUAGUGGUCAAAAAUAAAUUUUAGUCUUAAUUUCUUUAUAAAUUUUGUACUUACAAAAACUUUCAUAUUCGGCGUUGCCAGCUUAUCGAGACUGAUUAUCGGUAUUUGUAACAUGGAAAAAAUUAUAUUAAAUCAGUAUAUAGACUUAAGUUCCAGCGAUCUUCUUUUUUAGGUCCCAAAAUUAUUAUUUGUAUAUAUAAAAUAAAAGUUAUAGAUUUUCUUUUUUUUAGGGCUCUGUUACUAAUUUCGUUUGCAAAUUUUUUCUUCUAGUACGAAACUGAAACAUACAUGUAAAUUGUACAAAAUCUGUACAAUAUUACAGAUAAAUUUAUAUACCUGGCAGCACUAGUCAUUGUUUUAUCCUUAUUAAUGUCUUAGUUUACGUUUAUAAUAUACAGAUUAUCCCAUUUUCCAUUGUUAGGGGAAAAGGAAAGGACAAUACGGAUUUGUGGGUAAUUCAUAAACUAAAGUUGCAUUGAUAUGAUAAUAUAUUACACAAUCUGUCUUCUCUUAUUGCUAUAUAUAAUACUACAAAAGUUUUGAUUGCAACUCAUCAAUAAAGGGUUCAUUUGAAGUUUGCUCCUUUCGCCAUAUGUUUUUCGAUUUCUUGUACGCUGUAAACAAAUUCAAUUAAAUUGAUUAUAUAAACAUAAAGCACAA